CCAGUGCCUUCGCUCGCUUCCCUGGCGAGAAUAAAACAGUCAUGCUGUGGCUCAUGUGCUUGGGCCUCCUGCUGGUCUUCCAGGCCGGUGCAGUCCGCGUGGAGGAAGAUUGUUUAGUCCAGGAUCGGCUUCUCAUAAAGAUAUCAAAACCCGGACAGGCUUCCUUUUUUGCCUACGUCCAACACAUUGGCUUUAUAUUCACGGCAAGACUAAUGUGUGCUGCACCACAACAACGCAUCACCCUCAAUGUUACUACUCGAGACGUCGUUUGGGAAGAUGAUUUUGCAAAACCCAAGAAACCAGAAAGAAGAAAGUCCCCGACAUCUAAAGAGGGAUGGAUGGAAUUUUUUUUCCAAGCGGACACCUUUCAACUUUCAGACGCCGAGGGACGCGCAUGGACCAGCAAAAUGUCUAUAAAAUGCAACUCCUUCAACAUAAGGGUUUACAACGGGACGUUGGCUAAACAGCUGUGUGGCGGCGCAGCGAAGUGGCAAGUGACCAAAGACCGCUGCUAUUACGUCUACCUCCCACCUACGAAUAACAAGACGCUGAGUGUUAAUUUCUUGUCAAACCAAUCCUUCGUUCCUAAGCUUAUUCACGAAAAUUUUGAGGCAAAAUUGGUUCGUCGGAAUGGCGAGGUGGUUCUUGUGGAGGACGAGAGGUGUAACAGAUGCAAACCCCUGUAUGGUGAAGACAAUGUCCUGCGCUUCCCUUUGCUCGAGAGCAGCCAGAUGGCGGGGAAGGCGUUUCCUCGUGCGGUGACGGUGUGUUCGUUGUCAGGAGAAUCGUUCAUCGUCAGUGUGCCCCAGACACAGGAGGUUUUACCUCAAGAAUCAUCACCUAACCUAUAUAUAUAUGUGACGGCUGCAGCUGCGCUGCUUGUGCUCAUAUUAGCAUUUGCAUCAAUAACAAAGUUUUACCAACGUAACGAAAAUAAGCUUCCAGAUCCGCCUGUCGAGGAGGAACAAGACGAAGGACUUGCUACAGGCUGUGCUGAGGAACUUGGUCUGCCCAUCGAAGCCCUUUACUUUAACCCAUCGUUCCAUCCGGGAAUUAGCCACCAGACUUUGCCUUACCCUGUCUUGUUCGGCGGAAAUCUCGCCCCACAAGAACGUGACAUAGAUUCCGCCUCGUGUUCUUGCCAGACAGGACGAAGGCGGAGCAAACGAGGUCCGAACGGAACGCCGAGGGCAAGCGAGACGCUACCCAUUCCCGGUUCAGAAUGCGGUCCAGAUCCCGUUCAGCCAAUCUUAGCUGCUAGCCCGGUCGACGUCCUCGUGAAUCCCGGUCCGAGGCAGAGUUGCGUGUCGUUCCCGGUCACAGUGCAAGGGCAGCCUUUCGGAGAGGACUACUACGACGAGAUGGUUCCCUUGGCCAACCUCCGGCCGCCGUCGAAGUCGUUUGCCAUAGGUGACCCCAACUGCUACGAGACCCUGAACAACCUCUACGAUCCGGCAGAGCCCGUCAUCCAACCUGGCUCGACACCUCCGAUACCGCUACAACCUUCCCCGCUCCUCCCGUGCGUCCGCCGCUCACGACCCCUGCCGCAGGAGGGUCAAACUCCUCCUUCUGCUUCUACUGACUCUCCUCUCUGACUGACGGGCGCACUGACUGAGAAGUUUUAAAUGAAUGAAAGUUGAUCUCGUCAAGUAAAUGUUCUUUUAUUUGUUUGUUUGUCUGUAUAUUUACUCAUUCAGUAAAAUAUUCUUAAAUAUGUCGUGUA